AAUGUCAAAACAGGUCAGAUCAUCACAUCAGUUCCCUUGGCAUCAUUAUGUCAUCAGCAUCUCCGGACACUUAAAGGCUGUAAAUGCUGGACAGAUUUCAGCUCUCGGCAACUUUAUCCAGCACAGCUAAAACAUCCUGAUUUUACGUUCUCACAAGCCAGAGAUGAGCCAAAUGAAGCUGCCUCAAGCUGGACUUCUCCUCUGGGUGUGUGUAAUGAACAGGGUCCUGGACACUGCAGCAGCACUGUCAAUCACCCAGUGUAUGAUCAUGCAGUACACCAACAUCACCUGUUACUGGGAAACAACCGACCACCACAUCAGCAGCUACAGGCUUCAGAUUAACAAAACCUCUUGUGAAAGUAAACACAGCUUCAUCCCGGUGGGUUUCUGUAAUACCAGAGGCUCUGACUGCUCCGUUCAGCCCAUCGAUUCAGCGUUACACUGUUUCUGUGCGGAUGUGCUGGCUUCCACACGCACUGGAUCCAUACGCUCACCGCCGUACUUCUUCAGUGGGGUCAAUGCAGUGAAACUUCGUCCUCCACAGAUAACAAAUCUCAGGCCAUCAGAGAGAAGGUCCGGGUGUUUGCAGGUGAUCUGGAGAAUGGUUGAGAGCUUUCCCAAGAAUGAAAAAGUCUACAUACUGCUCCAAAUGGAGUACACGACACACAACCAGCACACAAAGCUGUUGUUUGACUUCAGAAGGCAGAUUGCAGUGCAUGAGUCAUUUAGAAAGCUUUUAUGCACUAAAAGCUUCUUCAAAACAUCUCUUUUUGUCUUCCACAGAAGAAAGUAG